GCUACAGUCGUUGACACAUACCAAUAUGAUGACCCCCGGCCAAGAGAAAGACAUAUCUCCCUUCUCAUGUUUUCGUUUUUUCCCCCCUCUUCAGAUAAAUCUGGAAAUAAUACAUGGAAUGUGUUUUGGUGGGAUUUUGUUGUUGUUUUUCCCCCCCUACAUUUUUCAUCUUAAACUACAUUUUAGGAUGGUGGUAGCCAUGGAGAGCCAGCACUUUACAAGAAAGGACUCAGCUGGAGAGCUUUUACGCAUCCCACAUCUUGGAGCGUCGGUGCAGAUUACAUUGUAGAAGCAGAGAAACAAAGUGCACAGAAUAUUAGGCUACAGUAGCUGCGCUUUGCGUGUUGACUGUGCAUAAUGAGAUACGGACUGGUGGUUCUCACUGCGGGGUUUACAGGUUUGCUCAGUUUUAGCCUCCUCGCUGUGGCAAUUGGGACUGAUUACUGGUACAUCAUCGAUGUGAAUAAACCUAACUACACAGGUCCAGACGACCUGAGUUCCCAUUCUGGACUUUGGAGAAUUAAUGAAGGAGCAAACAGGAGUUCAGUCAUCCCUUCUUUUACAGCAAAUAUGUCCAGCCUGUCAGAGGCAGAGAGGCACCUUCUUGGCUUGCACAAGGUGGUGGUCAUCGUGUUGCCUCUCAGCCUGGUCCUGCUUGUGUUUGGCUGGAUCUUCGGACUUGUCAGUUCGUUGGCCUGCAGUCCAAACUUGCUGGCUGGAACAGCAUCCUACUUUCUCGUCUGCAGUCUUUUCACCUUGGCGGGGGUCAGCAUCUACAUCAGAUACUCGAAUCAGGCUAUGGAGGAGUUCCAGCGGAUCGUGUCCCCAGAGAACCUUGCCUACGUGGAUGUGUCGUUUGGCUGGUCCUUAGCCACAGCCUGGCUCUCCUACAGUCUGGAGGUGGCCACUGGCCUGCUGCUCAUGCUAGCUGCCAGAAUAAGUCAGAGGAAGGGACAUUAUGACUCUGGUGUAGCCAUUGCCAUGUUAUAGAUUGACGUAUUCUUAUGCCCAAGUGAAACUAAAAUCCCACAGAUUGGAUGAUAUUUUAUUGCUGUUGUCAUUUAUUCAGCUAUUUAUUUUUGUUACUGGAAAAAUACUUGAGUGGUGAUUUUGAACAUCUAUUUCUUCUUUGUUUUUGCUGGCUUGUUGUGAAGCUUGCUACCUUUCAUCUGCUUAAUAUAAUUUUCUGUCCAUUGUCCUAGUCCACAAUGAUGCUAUAAAUGUGGCCAAGCAAACAGAAAAAAAGGCUAACCAUUCACAGUGUUAUUACUGCAGAGAUUAACAGUGUUUUCUUUCUUUGGAUAUAUUCAUGCGUUUUUUUUUAAUGAUAAUUUCAGUUUUGUGUUGUCAGGUUCUGGUAAAUGUGUAUUUCCAGCUGAUAGCCAUUACAUAGACUAUGUACGAAAUGCUGUAAGACUCACAUUUCAUUCAGCAAUAGGCUUUCUGUGAGAUGUGUUUUGAAACAUGUUUGUAAUUUACAGAGAGCAGUUUUAAACCACGACCCAAAUGCAAGUCCAUUGCCCUGCAAUGGACAUGGGAAAAACAAACGGUUUAGUUGUAUGCGAUCAUUUCCUUUUUGAUGCAUGCUCAGGCUUGUACACUUGAGGAGGUCCUCCCUACCUCUUGUGUACCCAUAUAUUUUUACUGCAUUUAAAUAUGAUCUACAUCAGUAGUUCAUGGGAUCUCAUUCAAGUGAAAACAUUGCUGAUUCUGCAGCAGUUUACCAGGAAAGCACCAGUCAAGAGUCAGUGUAGCCUCUAGUAUUUCAUAACAGAACAGCUGCUGCAUUGUAGCUUCAUGUGCCAAAUUCAUUUGCAUUUCACAGCAUUUGAAAAGCAGUUAGCACUUUUAUGUGUCAUUUCAAAGUUAAAACAGUGAUGGCUGCUGACUGUUGUGACUUUUAGAGAUACUUCUAAAAUGUUAGUGUUGUGCCUCCUGCUUGCAAACUUCAUUCCUACAGGUGAAUGCAUUAAUCACGUAAACAGGGCUGAAAAAGAGUGCACUCUUGGGGACCUGCAAGCUGUUUUUAGCAGUACAGAAUAUGUGCAUGUGUUGCUUGCUGCCCAGCAGUAGUUAAUUACUAGAUAUUGUAAUUCACUGUCUGCGCUGCCCAUUGCUAGGAAUUAGUCCUCUCAGCAUACUGGAAGUCAAUAAGACACUGAAAAUACAACAUUUAGCACUUGCAAUGCUGUAAGAUUUACUGUGUUGUUGUUCUCUUUUCACAAUUGUAACAAACCUUUCUUAUGCUUGAAUAACUGAACAGCCUUACUUUUUAAUGUUUACUGUGAUAUAAAAACAUCAGUCUAGUUGUAGUGUGAAAGCAUUCUGUAAUGGGCAACAGAAAAAGGCCACAGUCAUCAAAUGCUUUCAAAUGUUAGUAGCACACUGUAAUCACAUUGCACAAAAUGUCCUCAAAAGUUGUUUGUUGUGAGACAAUAAGAUCAUAUAAAACAUGAUGAUAAUAUGCUCACUGUAUAUUUGUGUAGCAGUGUAAAGAAUUGCCACAGACAGCCCCAUAAGAAUUCAGAAAAGUCUGACCAAUAUGUUGUAACAUUGUUGUUUAUAAAAGCUACAAUUAUCCAAAAAUAAAACAUAGCCUCCCUAUGUUUUCCUUAGUAGAGGGACAAUUUCUACUUGUUAUUCAAAACAAAAGUGAGAAUACAGCUGUGAGCUGCAAUGCAGGGGCAGGCAAAAGCAUUUGAAGCAGAGUAUACAGGUACAAUGAGCAAUUUUUAUCAAGAUUUGAGAAGGUAUUUGCAAAGACAGGCCCAGUUCCUGUUUGUUUUUAAUGACAAAGUGUGACAGCCAAGGGAUCUGAAGUAAAUGACGUUAGUGUUCCUGACAGUUUUCUAGAAAUUUACAUUCACUACCAGAAGAAACUGAUGUAUUUAUUCAGAUGUCUCUCAUUGUGACUCAUGAUAAAUGACUGUAGUGUGAAAAAUCUAAAUUCAGUUCAUGCUUUCAAUGUUUUCUAAAAACGUACACAAAAAGAAAAAAGAUUGCUCUUGUGGCCAAAUGAUUUUACUGAAAUUAACCCGACUACAUUGAUGAUUUUGUCAUUUUUGUCAAGUUAAUUGAUACAUAAAGAAGUUUAAGUGUUGCAGGCCUAAACUGAGAUAAACCAUCAACUAAUAGUACCCUAAGUGGGAUUAUUGACCUCAAGAUGUGGACCUUUUCUAACCCACCUCUAAAUUACACUGCUCAGCACUGUAACGGGAGAAGCAGUGCAAAAUGUCUGCUAAGGGGGCUCAUGACAGAGAUAGAUGCUAUAGCAUUAAAAGGUGCGCUUAUGUUUGCCUAAAUGUGAUUUAUAACAUGAUUUAAUGUGCCUCAGCUAGUGAAUCAAAAUCCAAACCAUGAAACAUUGUGUCCACUCAGCUGUUUGUUUGGCAGCCUCCUUCCCAGUAAGCCUGAAGAGAAAGCUAUAAAGACAGAACCAAAGCACAGAGGCUCAGUCUUGCAGUCUUCCUUUUAUAUAUUAGGCCAGCUGAAAUCCCAUUAAACUUUUAUGGAACACAAUAAUUCAAUCCAGUCUGGCAGACGAACACCAAAGUUGGUGCGAAGCCAUUACUCUUUGGGUUGUGCCCUUGUCUUUGACAGAGUGCAGUAAUUUUGACUGGACAACCUCUAGGCUCUCAGGUUUAGGAAUUUAUUGAAGAAACACAACCUAUUUUUAUCAG